AUGGCAUCUUACGAUUCAGGACCUGCUGAAAAUGGAACAUUGAAUACUGGACAUCGCAUCACAGCCAAAAAAGAACAAGGAACAUUUGUUCUGCAAAUUAGUCAAGUAGAGAAAAGUGAUACGGCGAUCUACUACUGUUUAAAAGUGAACUUUGGUCAAUUCUCGUUUUUGAAAGGAACAUUCCUUCAGGUCACAGAACCAGAACCCUCCUUGUCUGUUGUCUCUGAAGUCCAACCAGGACCGCCUGUGAAGUUGCAGUGCUCAGUCCUCUCCCACUCUGGGAAUGACAUCUGUCAGGAUGGACACAAAGUGUCCUGGUUCAGAACUGGACCAGAAAGUGUCCAUCCCAGCUUUGUUUACACUCAUGACAAAUGCAAGAAGAUCAAAGAUAAGUCCACACAGAAAUGUGUCCACACUUUCUCAAAGAACGUCAACUCCUCUGAUGCUGGAACUUACUUGUGUGCUGUGGUCACAUGUGGGAGGAUUUUCAUGGGAAAUCCAAUAAAAGUCAACACUAAAGAUGGUGGCAGCUCUGAUUCAUACAAGUAUGUUAUAAUCGUCUUGAGUGCUGCUUUGGCCUUAAGUUUCAUCAUGUCAGCCUUCCUCAUCAACAAGAUCAGGACAAAAAACAGUUUUUCCGGCAAAGCUGGUCCACAAACACUCGAUGAAACAUUCAGUCGCGUCCAGCAGAGAGACGAGGACUCUUUGGUUUAUUCCGUGCCGACCAUUGUUACCAAGAAAACUGGCAGAGCGAGGCAGACAAAUAGGAGGGCAGCAGAGGAAUUCAGCACGUACGCUGACGUGCGUCUUCAAAAGUAAAUCCUCCUGCUCUGAUUUACCAAAGUAUUAUCUUAAGAGUUGUAUUGACUUUCUGUAAGACUUGGCGCAGUGUGCUGAGAGAUGCAAGACCUGUUGAUGAAGAUAAUCCAAAAUUUACUAUAUUUUCAGGUUAUAGGCUGCUAUUUUGUUUUCACGAUUUGAACCCUGCACUUUAUACAAUGCUGCGGCUACUAAUAGAUAUUUAAGGGUUCAUAAACUAAAUUUGCUCUUUAGCGCCGCCCUCGUGGCUCCCUGGAGCUUUUUCAAAAAUGUGUGGAAAUGGAAAAGAUGGUGGAAAAAAUAUAAUUUUUGUUUUAAUAUUGUUUUUGUAAGAGAGCAAACGUGACACACACAUUCCUAA